ACAUGGCCGCCUAGAGUUGUUUUCGCUUCCCAAGCAGAUGGGCGGCGGUUUGUUCCACGGUUAAUUCACGCCGAUUCCUAACUCAUUUUCGUUAAUAGUUUCUCUCAAAAAACAAGCAUCAAAGACGCAAGCUUGAAAUGGAUGUCGUUGACGUCUGGUACAACAAGCAAGACUACAUAGAAACCGCUUCCGGAAACAAAGUGAGCAGGAACUCUGUUCUUUGCGGCAGUCACAACAUAGUCCUCAACGGAAAGACAAUCAUUCAGUCGGAAUCCAUCAUACGCGGGGACCUGGCAAACGUCAGGAUCGGCCGGCACUGUGUCAUAAGCAGCCGGUCAGUCAUCAGGCCGCCUUUCAAGAAGUUCAGCAAAGGUGUUGCCUUCUUCCCACUUCACAUUGGUGACCACGUCUUCAUUGGCGAAGGCACCGUUGUCAAUGCUGGUCACGUCGGUUCCUUCGUCUACAUUGGGAAGAACUGCGUCAUUGGACGGCGAAGCGUGCUCAAGGACUGCUGCAUGAUCGAGGACAACACUGUGCUGGCACCCGAGACUGUCGUGCCGGCGUUUGCCGUGUUCUCUGGAUCACCGGGGCUGUUCACUGGUGAACUCCCGGAGUGUACACAAGACCUGAUGACUGACUUCACCAAGGCGUACUACCACCAUUUCAGGCCGUCAGAGAAUGCAGCCAGCUAGUGCCAGAUACAAUUGUAUUUUACAUAUUUAAGAAUAAAAGAAAUAAUUCUGCAAA